UGUUCCAUAAUAUUAAUCGAUUGUACUUUUUACGAGAAUGGCAUCCUCAAAGAAAAAAUCUGUGUUAUUUAUUUGUUUAGGGAACAUCUGCAGGUCUCCUAUUGCAGAAGCCGUCUUCCUUCGCUUGCUGAAUGAAAGAGGUGUAAAAGAUCAGUGGGAAGUGGACAGUGCAGCACUUGGAACAUGGCAUAUUGGAAAAACUCCUGACUCGAGAGCAAGGAAGACAUUGAAGAAUUUUGGUGUAGAUGAUUAUAAACAUAAAGCAAGAGCUGUAAAUAAAGAUGACUUCACAAGGUACGAUGUAAUAUUUGGUAUGGAUGAAGCAAAUAUGGAGGAACUAGAAGAGAGAAAGCCUUCAAACUGCACUGCCAAAUUGAAAAUGUUGGGAGAAUAUGAUCCUGAAAAAGAAGUCGUCAUUAGAGAUCCUUACUAUGAUGCUGGUGGUGACCUGUCUGGAUUUGAAAAGGUGUAUGAACAGUGUGUACGAUGUUGCACAAGUUUCUUAGACCAGUCUUAAAUAAGAUUUCUGUUAGUGUUUGAAAUAUUUUAUGGCUUAAGAACUUUUGAAGUUCUAUUGUGGCUUGCACAAAAAUACCUACUGCUUUGCUUUUAUAUGUUACAAACAUUUCUCGACUUCAAAUUAUCCAUCAGAAGAGAAUGUAACUGCGGAUGUGCACUGCAUGAAUUGGCAUAUAUCUUGCCUGCAGGCAAUUUUCAGCAGAAUAUUAAUGGCACUGACCUCCAGAUUUCGGCUAAAAAUGAUCUUUCUUUAAAAUUGAAUUUUGGUCAUAUUGUGAAAAAAAGAGUAGGAUUUUCUAUUUCUAAACAAUCUUAAAAUUGCCAAAUCAAGAAAAAAAGAUUCCAGCGUCAGGAAUCGAAACCAGACCACGGUGGCAAUAAAAUCUUUUCUGCUGUCUUUACCAAUACUGCCACGGAGGCUUACAUGUUUAAGGCGUUACAAACUAUUUUUGAUUUUCUUUGUAAAAAUUAGUAAAAGCAACUAAUUCUCAUGUAUUUCAAUGACAUAUAGUCAGUCAGUAAUUAAGUUUUAAAGCUUUCUUAAGAAAUGUUGCAUUAAUUUUCUGAUACCUGUUUUUUAGCUCACAUGUCACAAAGUGACAAGGUGAGCUUUUGUGAUCGCGCAGUAUCCGUCGUCCGUGCGUCCGUAAACUUUUGCUUGUGACCACUCUAGAGGUCACAUUUUUCAUGAUAUCUUUAUGAAAGUUGGUCAGAAUGUUCAUCUUGAUGAUAUCUAGGUCAAGUUUGAAACUGGGUAACGUGCGGUCCAAAACUAGGUCAGUAGGUCAAAAUAUAGAAAUACCUUGUGACAUCUCUAGAGGCCAUACUUUUCAAUGGAUCUUCAUGAAAGUUAGUCAGAAUGUUCACCUUGAUGAUAUCUAGGUCAAGUUUGAAACUGUGUCACAUACAAUCAAAACUAGGUCAGUAGGUCAAAUAAUAAAAAAACCUUGUGACCUCUCUAGAUGCCAUAUUUUUCAUGGGAUCUGUAUGAAAGUUGGUCUGAAUGUUCAUCUUGAUGAUAUCUAGGUCAAGUUUGAAACUGGGUCAGCUGCGGUCAAAAACUAGGUCAGUAGGUCUAAAAAUAGAAAAACCUUUCGACCUCUCUAGAGGCCACAUUUUUCAGUGGAUCUUCAUGAAAAUUGGUUUGAAUGUUCACCUUGAUGAUAUCUAGAUAAAGUUCGAAACUGGGUCACAUGCGGUAAAAAACUAGGUCAGUAGGUAUAAAAAUAGAAAAACCUUGUGACCUUUCUAGAGGCCAUAUUUUUCAUGAGAUCUUCAUGAAAAUUGGUGAGAAUGUUCACCUUGAUGAUAUCAAGGACAAGUUCAAAACUGGGUCACGUGCCUUCAAAAACUAGGUCAUUAGGUCAGAUAAUAGAAAGACCUUGUGACCUCUCUAGAGGCCAUAGUUUUCAAUGGAUCUUCAUGAAAAUUGGUCAGAAUUUUUAUCUUGAUGAUAUCUAGGUCAAGUUCAAAACUGGGUCGCAUGAGCUCAAAAACUAGGUUACCAUGUCAAAUAAUAGAAAAAACGACGUCAUACUCAGUUCACAACUGGGUCAUGUGGGAACAGGCGAGCGAUUCAGGACCAUCAUGGUCCUCUUGUUUACAUUAUGUUAAACUUCAUUCUUAUAGAUGUCAGUUACCUGGGACUUUUUGAAAUAAUUGGAUUUGUUAUCAAUGAAUAUAUGCAGGUUAUAUGUUAAUAUGGAAAUUUCAUGUUCUCUUUGUGUUCUCUUCGACUGCUUGUAGCUAAAAACAUUGUAACAUUGCUUAAAGCUAAAUAAAAUUAUUAUAUUGUAUUGUAUAAAUGAAAUGAAUUGAUCCAUUGUUCCAAAGCUGGCAAGACGAUUUUUAAAAAUCAUAACAGUGCUGUGAAGUGAUGUUUAAUUGAUCGUGCUUAAAUUUGUAGUGUUCAUUGCUUUGUCACUCUGGUGCUAAGCACUUUUGAGUAAGCAUGAAAACACUUGUACACCAAAAGUGUUUUAGUGUUACCCCGAUUUAUUUAUUCAUUGUCAGUAUGAAAG